AGAGUGCUCGCACACACGCGUGUGUGGGACCCCGCGGGGGCGCGCCCCGGGCCGUGCUGGCGAGGGGCGGCCCCGGCCCGGCUCCCGCAGCCGCGGCGCCGCCCCCGCUGCCGCCCGGCCCCGCUCCAUCCCUCCGCCCUCCUCCCUCCCGCAGCCGCACCGAGCCUCAGACCGCGGCGGGGCCGGGCAGGGCCGCACCAUGACCGAGACCACCAAGACCCACGUCAUCCUGCUGGCCUGCGGCAGCUUCAACCCCAUCACCAAGGGGCACAUCCAGAUGUUCGAGCGAGCCCGGGAUUACCUGCACAAGACCGGACGCUUCAUUGUCAUUGGCGGCAUCGUCUCGCCCGUGCACGACUCCUAUGGGAAAACGGGGCUGGUCUCCAGCCGGCACCGCUUGACCAUGUGCCAGCUGGCCGUGCAGUCCUCCGACUGGAUCAGGGUGGACCCCUGGGAGUGCUACCAGGACACCUGGCAGACCACCUGCAGCGUGCUGGAGCACCACCGUGACCUGAUGAAGAGAGUGACUGGCUGCAUCCUCUCCAAUGUCAACACACCUUCCAUCACGCCUGUGAUCGGCCAGCCCCAGAACGAGUCCUCGCAGAACAUCUACCAGAACAACAACAACGUCUCCAGCAAGCCCACUGCAGCAAAGAUCUUGGGGAAGGUGGGCGAAAGCCUGAGCCGGAUUUGCUGUGUUCGCCCGCCCAUGGAGCGCUUCACCUUUGUGGAUGAAAAUGCCAACCUGGGGACAGUGAUGAGAUAUGAGGAGAUUGAGCUUCGCAUCUUGCUGCUCUGUGGCAGCGACCUGCUGGAGUCCUUCUGCAUCCCUGGCCUCUGGAAUGAGGCAGAUAUGGAGGUGAUUGUCGGGGAGUUUGGGAUCGUGGUGGUGCCCCGGGACGGAGCAGACCCCGAGCGGAUCAUGAACCACUCCUCCAUACUCCGCAAGUACAAAAACAACAUCCUGGUGGUGAAGGAUGACUCAAACCACCCCAUGUCAGUUGUCAGCUCCACCAAAAGCAGACUGGCCCUGCAGCACGGGGAUGGACAUGUUGUGGAUUACCUCUGCCAGCCUGUCAUUGACUACAUCCUCAAGAGCCAGCUCUACAUCAACGCCUCUGGCUAAGAGCCUGAGACCUUGCAGCGAGACAGCCCUCGUGUCCCGCCUGCCUGCAGCUCUGCAUCACUCUUCUCUCUCUCUCUCAGUCCGUGUCUCCAUCUCUCUCCCCAUCCCAUGGCCUCCUGCCUGUGUCUGCCUCUCACCCCUAGCACCAACACUCUGUUGUGCAGCCGUGUCCAGGGAAUGUUUGGUCUCUUUUUCCGGGGUACUGCCCUGCCCUGUGUGCAUGGGGAGGGAGGAGGGGCUGGUCAGGGAGCGACAUGCUCCGUGUGCUCUCAGCAUGUCCCUGGGAAAUGGUCCCCUCAGUCCAUCUUCCCAGCAUGCUCAGAGCAGGGGCUGACUAUUCUGCAUCAUCUUACACAACCUAAGCUCAAUAAAUCUGGGUGGAUUUUUUUUUUUUAAUUAAGUAACUUGAGUGUGAGCCCUUUGGGCCUCUCAGCCCAGUGACCAACCAAACCCUGGCUGGCAGUGGACAGUUGUAACACAACCAGCUCAGUGUUCCACGGCAGGGGAACCUCCUCAGGCCAGCCAUGAGACAACCCAGCUAACAAAAUCCUCCUCCUGCCCCUGAAAAUCAUGGGGAGGGCAUUUCUAAAAGGCAGCAGAGGCCUUGGUAAGCACUGCUGCUGAAGCAUUAUGGAGAGAAUGUCACAUCUCACCUUCCCCUUGCUUCAAGAAUUGAAGCCACUCCCUAGGAAAGUAAAUUUGAGGUGAUGUUCUACUCUUACCCAGUGUCAGAGGGGGCAUCCCACAGCACCUAGGAAGGGAUCUGCCUUUUAUGGGGCCAAGAGAUUGGGUAGAAAGAAGCAGGUGGUGAGCCAAAGCCUCUGGUGAGAAUUUGCCCCAAACCUGGCCGUGUCCAUCCCCAUCCUCUACCCUCCAGAUCUCCAUUUCUGCUCCAUCUGUCUUCUCCUGCCACUCCUACUCUCUGCCUCUCCUUGAAGAGUUCAUUAAAUGCAUGAUAACCUCCCCCUCCCAAACCAGCCAUGGCUACUUUGCACAUUCCUCGGGACAAGCCAGGCUCCUGUGAUACCCCCCUGGUGCCAGGGAUGGAUCCUAGUGGAGAUGCUCACAGUAAAAGCGGGACAGGUAAUGUGGAGCAGUUGCUGAAGUCUUGUGGAGAGGAGGAUUGCUGGAGCAGGGCUUUGUCCUGCUCAUUAUCCCUCGGGCACAAGGACCCUGAACAGCUCCUGGGGAGGGUCACAGCCAUGAGGAAGGUUUAGCCCUCACCUUCUCCUCCCCCUUGCUCCCUGUGACCUUGUAUCACUUUGGGUACAGUCCUUCUGCCUCUGGCUGAGAGUCCUCCAGGGUCUUUCAAGGAAAGAUGUGAAAAAUCUUUUAUUUUGUCCCUUAAAAGUCCAUAAAUGGUCACGAGUAGCUCUCAGGCAAGCUCCAAAGGUGGGACUUUGUGCUAAACUUGGCGACUUGCUGGGUGCAGCUGGCAUCCCUGGAACAGCAAGCCACUUUGGACAAACAAGGAAACCCACAGCCACGGGGUCCUUGCAGCAGACAGGAUAUUAGGAGCAGUAGUUACAACUUCUCAGGAAGGCACAGCCCUUCCCAGAAAGACAGAAGUGAUGUGACUCACCCAAAGGCCAGAAGACGUCUUUCCUUGUCAGGGAUUUCCCUCUGCAUGGAGAGAUUUGUUUGGGAACUGUUCUAAAUUUGGCACCUGAGUCCCUCAGUGCCAGCUCUGGUAUCUCCAGGUGGUUGAGUAUGUAUCCCAUAGGAUGAGGAGAUCUGAGGAUGCCAAAGCAGAGAGGGUGGUGAGUGUGUGGGGGACUCUGCUCCAGGGAGGCCUCCAGCCAGGUCACCACCAUCACCCCACUGAGCUCCCCUGGCAGUGACGCCUCUGAGUGCCCUGAGACACCCAGUGCAUGCCAGCCACUCACUGGACUGCUCUCCACCUGCUGUUCUCACUUGUUCUGUUUGUCAGCCUGCCUUCCCUCCCCACCCCAACACACAAGGUAUCCCAGACAGCAGCCUCCCCUCCUUUCCAGAUGUCCCCUGUGUUCCUUAGCUCCAAGCCAGAGAAACAGCAGCGGUGGCAACCAGCCUCCAAAACACACAGAGGGACUGAACCUCCUGGGGAGCAACACCUCUGAGGUGGGAGCAAAGGGAGUGGGUUUUCCCCAGGCAAAGACAGAAAAUUAAUCAACGGAGAGUGGGGAAGAAAGAGAGUCAUGUCCAAAAUCAUCUCUGACCCUCCCUCCAGUACACAGAAGGGGACCUGGGAACGCCAUGGCCUCCUGAUCCACAGGGUUGGGAUGGUGAAGCUUAGCUGUGGUGAGGAUGCUGAGUUUGUUCUGUCCUACUGCUCUUAACCUUCGUGUACCCGCUCAGUAAAACUCACAGCAUGGGGGGAGGGAUGGGGGUUUGUAACGGGGCCUUCAGCUCUGGGACCAGUUUGCAAAAAUGUCUUUGGGUGGGCAUGGGAAGAUAAUAAUCAUCUGUGAUGAUCCAUGUGACCGCUGGGGAGGUGAGGAAGGGGGUUUCCAGGGUGCAGGAGAGGUGUGGGAAGAAGCUCGUGGGUUUUGGUCUUUGAACCGCCACUUUUUAACAGUCAAUUUGCUGAAAGUGAAAUGAACUUCAAACAUCUUUUGGGAAAAGAAAAUAAAUAAAGGGGGGGAGGGAAAGGGGUUGAAAUUGCCAUGCCACCAAUUUCACCUUUGUCAAAAGUUUUGGAGCCUUUUUUUUCUUUUUUUUUCUGUUGCUAUAUGAAAAAAACAGUCAUUGACAAAAAAUACUUUAUCAGCAAAAUGUUUAAAUUAUGUAAUAAACAAAACAAAACAGAGA